AUGCUGAUAAUCUUGGCCACAAUCGUUGGCCUCGUCAUCGCUGAUGCUGGAGCAAGAUACGAACGUCAAAGUUCAGGAUACGAAGAGGCUGAGAAUAGUCAGCCCAGACCAGCACCGAUAAGCGCUUCUGGUGGUGAUCAACAAGCUUACAAUUCUGAUGGAGCUGGUGGAGGUGGAGGAAGAGGCGGAGGUGGUGGAGGCCGAGGAGCAGGCCGGCGAGUAUUUCCAUCGACGUUUCCUCGCCGCUCGACGUAUAUAAAGCUACAGAAUCCGUCGGGAUUUGCUUAG